CACCAAACAACCAACUUCUUGAGACAACAGGGACAUACACUCUUGCUGUGAGCGCAAUAGAACGAUUUCCGUCAAUCUCUACCUUCCUCGCAGUAGGCCGCGGUCAAUAGUCCUUGCUCAGCGCCGGGUUCUGUUGUUCUCUCUUCCUCAUUUCACUCGAAGUCCUUAUUUACCACUAGACCAUCUGAAGCGCUGUCCGGAGCGGUAGAGCAGAGGAUACCAAAUUACACACGAUCAAAUUUGCGACCUGAUUACAUCGAGCGUACCUUUGUUCGUCUAACAUUCGGUCCUCCCUCAAACGCAAGAAAACGCCACCUCCAACAUGUCGAAUACCGACUUUCUCGGCCGCGCAAUAGAUGUGGUCAAGAAGGCUAUCGAGGCAGACACGGCCGCAGAAUACGAGAAGGCGUAUCAAUUAUACUACCAGUCACUGGAACUGUUCAUGCUUGCGCUGAAAUGGGAGAAGAACGCCAAAUCCAAGGAGAUGAUAAGAGCGAAGGCCGGGGAAUACAUGGAGCGUGCGGAAAAGCUCAAAUCACAUCUAGCAGACGCUGAUGGGAAGCACAAAAAGCCUGGGAUGGUUGGCGCAAAUGGUAGUACUUCUGGAGGAGGCGGAAAGGGGAAGGAUGGAGAGGAGGAAGUCGAUGCCGAUAGCAAGAAGCUGAGAAAUGCACUUGCAGGGGCCAUUCUGCAGGAUAAGCCAAACAUCAAGUGGGAAGAUGUUGCUGGUCUUGAAGGUGCUAAAGAGGCGCUGAAGGAAGCUGUCAUUUUGCCCAUAAAGUUCCCACAUCUGUUCACAGGCAAGAGGCAACCGUGGAAGGGUAUUCUGCUCUAUGGACCACCAGGAACGGGAAAGAGUUACUUGGCAAAAGCUGUGGCUACGGAGGCAAACAGCACGUUCUUCAGUGUUAGCAGUUCCGAUUUGGUUAGCAAGUGGAUGGGAGAGAGUGAAAGAUUAGUGAAGCAACUGUUUGCAAUGGCGCGAGAAAAUAAGCCUUCUAUCAUCUUCAUAGAUGAAGUCGACGCUCUGUGCGGUCCUCGUGGCGAGGGAGAGUCUGAGGCCUCGCGACGUAUCAAAACAGAGAUGUUGGUACAGAUGGACGGUGUUGGUCGUGAUAGCAAGGGAGUUCUUGUCCUCGGUGCAACAAAUAUCCCGUGGCAAUUGGAUGCUGCUAUUCGCCGUCGUUUCCAGAGACGUGUGCAUAUCUCGCUUCCAGAUUUGCCAGCACGAACGAAGAUGUUCGAGAUCAGCGUUGGAACAACACCUUGCGAACUUACCGGUGCCGAUUUCAGGACACUAGGAGAGCUGAGUGAAGGAUACUCUGGAAGUGAUAUCAGUAUUGCGGUCCAGGAUGCGCUCAUGCAGCCUGUACGAAAAAUUCAGAUGGCGACGCAUUACAAGAAGGCAAUGGACAACGGCGUCGAGAAAUUGACACCCUGCUCACCUGGGGAUGCCGGAGCAAUGGAGAUGUCCUGGACAGAAGUUGACUCCGAUAAAUUGCUUGAACCUCCGCUCCUCCUCAAAGACUUUAUCAAAGCAGUCAAGGGCUCGAGACCAACAGUAUCAGGAGAGGACAUCAAGCGCAGCGAGGAGUGGACGGCUGAGUUCGGCAGUGAGGGAGCGUAAAGAUCGCAUAGCCUGUGCUUUGGUUUGGAGAACUAGGGAUAAGGGCCAUUGAAGACGUGGAUUAGCAUGGCGAAAGGCAUGGCGUUCUUACAGGAGUUCUUUUGGCAUUGAUCUGGAUUUCUGAGAAAGAAGUGGAUGGUAGGUGCAUACAUACACUG